GAUCUUUCACGUGUCUCUCCCUUUCCUCUCUCUCCGUUUUUUUCCGUUUCUGUUAGCUGUCUCUGUCUCUAUUUAUCUAUCGCGCCUGCUUUCUGUUUCAUUUCGCAGCAAAAUAAUAAAUAUAUAAUAAUCUUGCUGCGGUUUUCUUCCUUUCUUAUUUGUUAAGCUUCGUUUGACGGUGCUAUUUUUCAACAUAUACAUACACACACACACACACACAUAUAUUAUAAUAUAUACACCUAGCACUCUCCUAAUAUAUAAAAAACAGAGAGAGAGGUUUAGGUUUAUAAUUGGGAAAGAGCAAUGGAGGGAAGAAAGAAAACUGGGUCGUCGUCUUCUUCCUUCACCUCUGAGCUUUUCGGGUCGAAGGAGUCAUCUGCUUCUUCUGGGAUUUUUGGGGCCAUAUUUGCGCCUUCGUCCAAGGAUUUGGUGUUUGGGAGGGAAUCUCUGCGUUCUGAAGUCACUGGGAAAAAGCUCACGGAUGAACCAUUGCACUUCAAGCCCGGAGAUGAGCCAGAUGGUGCCUCAAAAGAGAUCGAAGGUGAGAGUAAGAGCAUAACAAAUAUGGACAUAAUAAGCUCCAUCUAUAGGGACCAGAGAGUGCAACAACCUUGCCAUUUCAGUUCAUCAAUCUACUAUGGUGGCCAAGAUAUUUAUGCUCACCCCCAGAGUACCCAGAACCCUGAAUAUAACACUCCAUACAAGAAAGAUGGGACUGAGGAUGAUUCGGGAAGUGCCUCUAGAGGAAACUGGUGGCAAGGGUCCCUCUAUUAUUAAGGGCUCCUUUGCCGACGCUUAUACUCGUCAAGAUAAUAUAGGAAGGAAAUAGGGUAGCAGCAGAUGGUUGUGGACACAGCUGGUUUGUUUUCCUCCAGCCCCCCAAACACAGUACUCAUAUGUAUGCACCUUCUUUAGUUUCUCUGUGAAAUAUGUACUCUCUCUCUCUCUCUCUCUCUGUGUUCUACUGUAAAGGAUGUUUGGUUUAGUGACUUAAUCAUCCUCAACUGCUCUAAUAUGGUUCAAGAUUUAGAUGUUAAUUUAGUUUGUUUAAUGAGUGGUUUGUAAUUCUAAGUCCAUGUGGUUCUCUUUA